CUUAACAAUCUCGAUUUCUUCUAGUAAGUCUUUCUUCAGGACCCUUCGAUCAUGAUUCCUAAUGCGAGAGCAUGGGACAUCCGUUCAGAGAUAUUAAUCCCCGUAGCCGAUGGUAGACCGUCUACUCCUCCAAGAACAUGGAACAUUGACUCAGCAGUAUUGCAACCCAUGCCUGCUGGUGAUGGACCGUCUACUCCACGUGCCACCUCCGAAGACAAUACGCUCAGGCGAUGGCUUGAGUCAACAAGCGCAAACCUGGACACUUCAAUACCCGAUGAACCAACACCAUCGUCUUGUCAUUACGAAGCUAUACCCGAUACCAGCCACUCUGUCGCCUUCAACCGUAAAUCUGAUCCUUAUGCAAGAGGCAUAUAUCUGAUUCUUGACGUCUCACGAAGUCGUGCUUUGACGUGUCACAGAGGUCAACUACGUCUCGAGGCCAUCGACCUAGACGACCGUCAACGAUACAUCUCAGAACAAGCUCAAUGGCUCUGCACUGAGCGGAAUGGCUUCAAGGGUUUCAAGAAUGUUGCGGAAGGAGGGUUCUUGGGACACGAUUUGUGGUGGGAUUUCUACGCCAAAGCUUCGUGUCAUAGCCUUUGGGAGAGCUUCACUAUUGCUAGGCGCGGAGACGAUCUGUAUUGGAUACAGAUUCUUCAUUGGUGGACGCAGUGGCAGGUGUCUGUGCAGGGUGAUGGGAGGGGGGUCUUUGCGGAGCGGGAUGGAGGGACGUUAUGGGAGUUCGUUGAGAUUAUUAUCUUCUGAAUGGGGAAAUUGCUGCGUACUGAUAUUUUCUCCGGAUCGACUAAGACUACUAAUGGUGCUGAAAGAGUGAAACAGAUGUGAAUAUUACGUGUAAACGUCAAUGCGUCAUAAGUUAGCACGUAUUGGAGUGAGAUGACAUGAUUUAUAAUGAGAAAGGGCAUUGUAAUGAAGCAUCUUGUGUCAAUAGUG